GAAAAUGCAAAUGGUUGGCUUUGUUCUUCAAACCGGCUUAUGUGGAAGAAACAGGAAGAGUUUACCAGAGGAAAUAGAAAGGAGGAGAAGGAAGAAGAAGAAGAGGAGGAGGAGAAUCAUCCUCAUCAUCAUCAUCAUCAUCAUCAGCAUCAAAUGUCUUUGGAUGCCACAAUCACAAGCCUUUCCUCUCCUCCUCCUCCUCCUCCGCUUUCUGUCGAAAAUGAAGAAGGUUCUGUUCCGCCUUCGACAAAAUCGAAAUCCCCUGGAGGCUGGAGAGCCAUCAAAUACAUUCUUGGUAAUGAAUCAUUUGAGAAGUUGGCUUCGAUGAGCUUGAUAGCUAAUUUGACUCUAUAUCUGCGCUCAAAGUACAACUUGGAGGGCAUAUUUCUAGUCAAUGUGGUUACUAUCUGGUCUGGCUCUUCCAACAUUUCAUCCAUUGCCGGGGCGGUUAUGUCUGAUGCAUAUCUUGGAAGAUUCAUCACUCUUUUCUUAGGCUCCAUAGCCUCUCUCUUGGUUUGUUGUUAAACAGUCUUAGUCUCCUCAUUUCGGAAAAUUUGUAUCAUAAAUAUUAUCACUAAUUCUGCUUCCUUGGAACAGGGGAUGGGUACAAUUACUUUAACUGCAGCAAUACCUAAACUAAGGCCACCACCUUGCCAUGAGCCAUCUAUCUGCGAGGAACCUCAUAAAUGGCAGCUUGGAGUUCUUUUCACAGGUUUAGCUCUCCUGGCCAUUGGUGCAGGUGGGAUUAGGCCUUGCAAUAUCGCCUUCGGCGCUGAUCAAUUCAAUACCAGAACAGAGAAAGGGAAAGCACAUUUGGAGAGCUUCUUCAACUGGUGGUACUUCUCCUUCACUGUUGCCCUCUUGAUCGCGCUCACGGGUGUUGUCUACAUUCAGACUAACAUCAGUUGGGUGAUUGGAUUUGCUAUUCCCACAGCCUGUUUAACCUUCUCAAUCAUCAUCUUCCUGAUUGGUCGCCAUACUUACAUUAUGAAGAAGCCUCAAGGUAGUAUCUUUAUAGACAUGGUUAAGGUGAUCAAUGCAUCUAUAAGGAAAAGCAAGGUAAAUUUGAGAGAAGGUAAUCAUUCCUUCUACAAUAUUCCUCCAAAAGAUGAACAAUUGGAGUCACAAAUGAGUCAGUUUGUGAUGAAGGACAGAUUUAAGUGCCUAGAUAAGGCUGCUGUAAUCAUCAGCUCAAGUGAACUGGAUUCUGAUGGAAUGGCUUUGAAUAGUUGGAGAUUAUGCAGCUUGCAACAAGUGGAACAGUUAAAAUGCCUUGUUGGGAUCCUCCCGGUAUGGUUCUCCGCGAUUGGUUGCUUUGUAGUCAUAGAUCAACAGAACACUUUUGGGAUUCUUCAAGCCAUUCAAAUGAAUGAAUCAGUUGGCAAUUUCAAGAUCCCUCCAGCAUGGAUGGGGAUCACAUCAAUGAUAGCAUUGUCUCUUUGGAUUUUCAUCUACCAACGCCUUUACCUCCCGAAAUCAAGAAAGAUCAUGAAAAAGGACACAAGAAUACAGAUGAAAGAAAAGAUCAGGAUUGGAAUUGUGAUGUCUUUUUUAUGCAUGGUUGCAGCUGGACUUGUCGAGAAAAAAAGGCGAGAACGCGCCUUAAGACACGGCACUCUAGUUUCUCCUCUCAGCAUUGGUUACCUUCUCCCUCAAUUUGUUCUGUCAGGACUAACUGAAGCUUUUGCAGCUGUCGCAAUCAUGGAAUUCUUCACUGUACGAAUGCCAGAGAGCAUGAGAAGCGUCGCAGGCGCCGUGUUUUUCUUGAGCCUGUCGUGUGCCAGCUACCUGAGUUCCCUCAUUGUGAACAUCAUUCACAGUGCAACUUCAAGGAGUGGGAAAUCACCAUGGUUAGGGGGUCAUGACCUAAACAAGAACAGGCUGGAUUAUUACUAUUACAUGAUUGCAACUUUAGGAGCAGUUAAUUUUUUAUACUAUAGCUUCUUUGCCAGCAAAUAUGUAUCUAGUCCUAGAGUGGCUUCAAACACCACUGCAGCUGAAGAGAAUUUGCACUCAGGCAGUAGAAUAAUUUCUAAUGAACCUAACACGAGGGAUGUGGAAAAAGGUUUAGAAACCAGGAAUUCUUAAUGGAUUUUUGGGCAACCAAUAUUAUUUGUAGGUAAUGCAUUAUUUGUGUUAAGUAAUCAGUUACUGAUAUCUGAAUCAGUUUUGCUCCUGUC